GCGCGCGGCUUGGUCAUGCGCAUGUCGAAUCAGAAUCGAACAAGUAGUGGGGAUUAAGCCUGACCGCCUGAAAGAAUGCUUUGCGAAUAUCGCGAAAGCUCUUAUAAACUUGUUAACCGGGAACGUAUUUACUUGCCGGCGGUUGUACAAUACAUAAUAUAAUACGCCGUUGUGGCUGUACCUCCCCGAAAAUAGGGUGAGAGAGGGAACAAAAGUACCGCAACAAACCAUCAGGAUCAACAACAACAACAACAAAAACCACGAGAAACCGCGAGACGUUUACCUCGAGAUCGUAUGUUUUUCCUACUAAUCAAAGAACCUAAAAGUAUAAAUUUAAUAUAACAUUGUAACUGUCACAAAAACAGUGAUAAAAAGAAAAAAAAAGAAAAAAAAAUACUCAAGAAAAUGCGUUUUAUAAACUACGUGUCAUUGUUUAUCGAGUGCGGCGGGAUCGGCGGCACUGGAUCGUAAUAUCAUUGUUAUGACAGCAAUGUGAGUGAGUCUCAUCAUCCUGUGAUACGAUACGAUAGUAACAUCGCUAUACUACCACCGUUACUAUACUGCAGCUAUAACGUUUGAAAUACCAUAUACACUUGAAAACGUAUACGAAAGGGACAGAAUGGCGCAAAUGGAACAGCAGCUACCGAUACAGGUGCCAGACUUGAGCACCUUACGGAUUACAACCGCAGUCUCAAUGCUAGGAAAGGCUUAUGGAUGUGGUCAAUGCAGCGCUCCGCCACCUGGGCCAACGACCAGCACCCCUGUAGGAACUGCUGGGGCAUCAGGGAGCAGCGUCGUAGCCUCAAGCUCCUUGAGUUUGGUUCCCGCACAACAGACACACACACCUCCUCAGCCGCCUGAUCUACCCAAAGAGAAAGACGAUGAUUCUGACGAGCAACAACCCAUUCCAGUGUUUUCAUGCCCAAGAAGACCGAACAUUGGAAGGGAGGGCAGGCCGAUAAGCCUGAGGGCUAAUCAUUUUCAAAUCACGAUGCCGAGAGGGUUUGUCCAUCACUACGACAUCAACAUACAGCCAGACAAAUGCCCCAGGAAAGUGAACAGGGAAAUCAUUGAAACUAUGGUUCGGUCUUACAGCAAGAUAUUCGGCACUCUAAAACCUGUUUUCGAUGGUAGAAAUAAUCUUUACACUAGAGACCCAUUGCCUAUUGGUAAUGACAGGAUAGAUCUUGAGGUGAUUCUGCCUGGUGAAGGCAAAGACAGAGUGUUUCGAGUAGUUAUAAAGUGGGUGGCUCAGGUGUCUCUCUUUGCGUUGGAAGAGGCUCUGGAAGGACGGACCAGGCAAAUCCCUUACGACGCGAUUCUUGCUCUGGACGUUGUAAUGCGGCAUUUACCAUCCAUGACUUACACUCCUGUCGGCAGGUCAUUUUUCAGCAGCCCGGAUGGCUACUAUCAUCCGCUCGGCGGCGGCAGAGAAGUUUGGUUCGGUUUUCAUCAGUCCGUCAGGCCAUCGCAGUGGAAAAUGAUGCUCAAUAUUGACGUUUCUGCAACGGCGUUCUACAAGGCGCAACCUGUAAUAGAAUUCAUGUGUGAGGUACUCGAUAUACGAGAUAUCAAUGACCAGCGUAAACCACUCACCGAUUCUCAGAGGGUGAAGUUUACUAAAGAAAUAAAGGGCCUUAAAAUUGAAAUAACACAUUGCGGGACUAUGAGACGGAAAUACAGAGUGUGCAACGUCACCAGAAAGCCUGCACAAAUGCAAUCAUUUCCUCUGCAAUUGGAAAACGGACAAACGGUGGAAUGUACAGUUGCCAAAUACUUCUUAGACAAAUAUAAAAUGAAGCUAAGGUAUCCGCAUCUUCCGUGUCUUCAGGUCGGCCAAGAACACAAACACACUUACCUGCCACUCGAGGUAUGCAACAUAGUGGCUGGUCAACGCUGUAUAAAGAAAUUAACUGACAUGCAAACGUCAACGAUGAUCAAAGCGACGGCGCGCUCAGCACCGGAUCGUGAACGCGAGAUAAACAACCUAGUCAGACGCGCAGACUUUAACAACGAUUCGUAUGUUCAAGAAUUUGGUCUCACAAUAUCGAACAACAUGAUGGAAGUCAGAGGUCGCGUCUUACCGCCACCAAAAUUACAGUACGGAGGACGUGUUAGUUCUCUAAGCGGACAGACAAAGCAGCAGGCGCUGCCGAAUCAAGGAGUGUGGGACAUGAGAGGGAAGCAAUUUUUCACGGGAGUCGAAAUUCGGGUUUGGGCCAUAGCCUGCUUCGCACCACAAAGAACUGUGCGCGAGGACGCCUUGCGAACUUUCACGACGCAGCUGCAGAAGAUAAGCAACGAUGCCGGAAUGCCGAUCAUCGGACAACCCUGCUUCUGCAAAUACGCCAACGGACCCGACCAGGUUGAACCCAUGUUUAGAUACCUCAAGACAACAUUCCAGGCUUUGCAGCUCGUCUGCGUCGUUCUACCGGGGAAAACUCCCGUUUACGCGGAGGUAAAGAGAGUCGGCGACACACUGCUGGGCAUGGCGACGCAGUGCGUGCAGGCAAAGAACGUCAACAAAACGUCGCCGCAGACGCUGUCUAAUCUGUGCCUGAAGAUAAACGUCAAACUGGGCGGUAUAAACAGCAUUUUAGUCCCGAGUAUCAGACCGAAGGUAUUUAACGAGCCUGUGAUAUUCCUCGGCGCUGAUGUCACUCAUCCGCCUGCUGGCGACAAUAAGAAACCAAGCAUUGCCGCUGUCGUCGGAAGCAUGGAUGCUCAUCCUUCGAGGUACGCAGCGACGGUCAGAGUUCAACAGCACAGGCAGGAAAUCAUCCAGGAACUCAGUUCCAUGGUUAGAGAGCUGCUUAUAAUGUUUUACAAAAGUACGGGUGGCUACAAACCUCACAGGAUAAUACUGUACCGCGAUGGAGUGUCGGAAGGUCAAUUUUUGCAUGUACUUCAGCACGAACUAACGGCGAUUAGAGAAGCUUGCAUUAAAUUGGAGAGUGAGUACAAACCCGGCAUCACCUUUAUCGUCGUGCAAAAACGACAUCACACGAGGCUGUUUUGUGCUGACAAAAAGGAACAGAGCGGCAAGAGCGGAAACAUUCCUGCUGGGACUACUGUUGAUGUUUGCAUCACACAUCCCACUGAAUUCGAUUUUUAUUUAUGCAGCCACCAAGGCAUACAGGGCACUUCAAGGCCGUCACAUUACCACGUUUUGUGGGACGACAAUCACUUCGAGAGUGACGAACUUCAGUGUCUUACGUAUCAGCUCUGUCACACUUACGUUAGGUGUACGAGAUCAGUCAGUAUUCCUGCGCCAGCUUACUACGCUCAUCUGGUUGCAUUCAGGGCCAGAUAUCAUCUGGUAGAGAAGGAGCACGAUAGCGGCGAAGGAUCGCAUCAGUCUGGUUGUAGCGAAGACAGAACUCCGGGAGCAAUGGCGAGAGCCAUAACAGUGCAUGCCGAUACAAAGCGAGUCAUGUACUUUGCGUAACUUGGGUCUGUGUUAUUUAUAAAUAUAUACAUACACAUACACACACAUAUUAUACGAAGGGUUCAGUGCUAGAGUAGCCUCUAAUCUACAUUGCCGAUAGGGCUCGCUUUAACUAUCCUAAGCCAUUUAAAAUGAGCGUUAUCGACAACGUAGAUUAGGCUACUCUGGCGUCGAACUCUUCAUAUUUAUCAUGUUUUGUUGUUUUCUAAUUAAAAAUCGUAAAGUAAAAAAACCAAUUAAAUUAACAAAGAAAUAGGAGUACAAUGCAAAAGGAUAAUGCAAAAGUACGCAAAAUAGCGAAUAAAAAUUAGUUCAUAAAAGACGUUACGCAACACCAAAAAUAUCGCCGAAAACGAACUAACAAAUUGAAAAAAGAGAAUAUCGAACCAAACCCAACAACCACAAAAAAAAAGCGCUUGUACGUUAUAGCACAAAAGAAAUGAGAUAAAAUAAUGCUGACGUACUGACCUUUUGAUUGUGUGCUCUCGCCAUAUCUUUACAUAUGUCGUUUUGGAAAAUCGUUUUAUUCGAGAUUAAACGGUUUUUCCCUUCUCAUUACUGUACGUAGGCUAUACUUAAAAGUUGA